AUGACCAAAUCGUUUAACCGGCGAGUCGUGAUCAGUUCCCAACGGGCCCAAUUUGACGAACGACGAGUAAAUUUCAAGCAAUUCAUUCUAGACAAUGUGUCCAAAAUGCGUCGACAAGAUUAUGUGUUCAAGGAAAACAGACGACUUCAAGAACUGGGAAAAAUGGAACUGUAUAAUAUCAGUCGGGAAACAGAUGAGGCCUUGAAAAGACGGGAAGUGCUCAAAGAGAAACUGACUCAUUUGCAAGUCUAUGAGAAAUUUAUAUCAGACGCGCUCAAACUAUUGCCUAGAAAUUUAAUUCUUGAAACAUCCCUAUCCUCCUGCGAGGAUAGCGCUAUCUAUUUACUCCCAGGUGGCAGACUGUCUGAUCUGGAGUGUGCAGACGACAUUAUGCUACUGAGUGAAGAUCCAUAUUACAUUCGCGCAAAUACGAAUGCCGCGGAUAGCCUGGUGUCUCGAUACGCUGUCCUAUACGAGAUGAAAACAAUCCUACUGAACGAGUUGUACAAAAAACAGGAAACGUGUAUUCGAUUUUUCACGGUGAUUCGAUCACUGCGCAAUAUUGCAGAAAAAGCAGCUUUAGGGCUGGGAGCUUUACAAACUCAUCCGAUUGUGAACCAGCAUCUUUUGAGCAAUGGUCACCCGGAUGAUGAUGAUGAUGAUGAUGAUGAUGAUGAUGAUGAUGAGGCUGAUGAUGAUUAG